AUGUACAAACUCGAGAUCAUGUCAACAACUAAUACGGCAAUCCUAGCCAUCGGCGUCCUCGCCAUCUACCUCACCUACCGCGCGCUCCUCCCCCGACCCCUCCCGGGCAUCCCCUACAACAAAGCAGCAUCCCGCUCCCUCCUGGGCGACAUGCCAGAAAUGCUACGCCACGCAAGUCAAACAGGCGAGUUGUACGACUGGCUAGGCGCCCAAAACAUCCGGCAUGGCUCCCCCAUAGUCCAAGUCUUUGGCCGCGGGCCCCUCGGCAGACCCUGGCUCGUCGUCUCCGACUUUCGCGAGACGCAGGACAUACUCAUGCGCCGCGGGAAAGAAUUCGACAGAUCCGCCUUCACCGCCGACCUCCUCGGCGGCGUGAUCCCGGAGCACCACAGCCGAUGGCAGACGGACGACGAGUAUAAGAGCCGGAAGAGGCUGGUGGGCGAUAUACUGACGCCGAGCUUCCUCAGCAAAGUCGCCGCGCCGCUGCUGCACGAGAGCACGAUGCGCAUGGCGGGGCUGUGGCGCGAGAAGGCGAGGUUGUCGAGGGGCCGGCCGUUCAGCGCGUUAAAGGAUAUCAGCCAUUGUGCGCUGGACGCUGUGCUCGGCUUCACUUUUGGUCCUGGCAUGGAGGGCCUCAGUGCGACGCAGCCGAACGUGGAUUUCCUUUCUGCCAUAUCUUCCUUGCCGUCCUCUGGCGAGACGAACAAGGGAGAUGCCGAUGAACCGGUGGUGUUUCCACAUGCGCCUCCGAAUCCCGCCAUUGAAGCUCUGUUCAAGAUCUCGGACAGCCUCGAGGUGGCGAUGAAGUCAUCGUUCCCGGUGCUCGCGCAUUGGUUCUUGCGCCAAAAACCCGCCUUGAAAUCGGCAAUCAAGAUCAAAGAAGACCUAUUGAAGAAGCAAAUCGACUUAUCCGCCGCAAGAGUACAGUCGGUAUCAGAAGGAGAGGUGAUUCGCUGUGCAGUGGAUGAGAUGGUGCGCAGAGAAUGUAGCCAGGCGGAAAAGGAGCAACGGCAACCAUGUUUCCACACGAGACUAUUUUGCGAUGAGCUAUACGGCUUCACCCUUGGCGGCCACGAAUCAACAUCAAACGCAAACCAGUGGGCCAUGAAAACCCUAGCCCGCCAUCAACAGCAGCAGUCCCAGCUCCGCGCCAGCCUACGAGAUGCCCUCCCAGAAGCAGUAGCCGCGAAACGCGUCCCCACCGCGCAGGAAAUCAUGCAGACGCGGUGCCCCUACCUAGACGCAAGCAUCGAAGAGCUCUUCCGCGUAUCGUUGACGGCGCCCAUGUGCGUACGCAGCGCCACGCAGGAUACCCAGAUCCUGGGCUGCGGUGUCCCCAAGGGUACCGUCGUCUUCCAGUUGUGGAACCAAGCCGACUACACGCAGCCCGGCUUCCCCGUUGAUGAGGCGCUGCGGACACCCGGGGCGCGGGCGGCGGUCAAGGGGCCAGGAUCUGCAGGUGGGUGUGCGGCUGACGUCGCAGGGUUCGAUACGGCGACGUACGCGCCUGAAAGAUGGCUCGUCAGGUCUGAAGAUGGCACAAGGGACGUUUUUGACGCGACGCGGGGUCGUAACAUGAUCUUCAGCAUGGGUCCUCGAGGAUGUUAUGGGAGAAAGCUGGCGUACGUGCAGUUUCGGAUGCUGGUGGUGCUCGUGCUGUGGAACUUCCACCUCGAAGAGCUUCCUCGAGAACUCAACACUCUGGGGGCUUAUGAUAAGUUAACGAGAGAGCCACAUGACUGUUUUGUGCGUUUGAAGGCCUUGCCGCUAUGA